AGAUGCUGUGUCCUGUGUGGCUAUUGGCUGUGGCCGUGGUGGGCGUGGUCAGAGGGGUGAAAGGUCAGUGCUGGGAGAACCCUCGCUGUCAUGACCUCAGCUCUGAGAACAGCAUCCUGGAGUGUAUCCAGCUCUGUCGUUCUGACCUCACCACCAAAUCUCCCAUCUUCCCCGUCAAGGUGCAUCUCCAACCCCCGUCCUCCUCCGACUCUGACUCUCCUCCCCUCUUCUUACCUCUGUCCCUCCUCUCCCCACCUCUGUCCCUCCUCUCCCCAUCCUCCCCCCUGUACCCCACGGAGCAGCAGAACAGUGUGUCCCCCCAGGCCAAGCGUUCCUACUCCAUGGAACACUUCCGCUGGGGGAAGCCUGUGGGCCGUAAGCGUCGGCCGGUGAAGGUCUACACUAACGGUGUGGAGGAGGAGUCCUCCGAGGCCUUUCCCAGCGAGAUGAGACGAGAGCUGGGCACCGACGACGCCAUGUACCCCUCCCUGGAGGCUGGGACUACGGAGGGGGGCGAGGCAGAGGGCAUGGAGGGGGUGUUUAGUCUUCAGGAGAAGAAAGACGGCUCGUACAAGAUGAACCACUUCCGCUGGAGCGGACCGCCUGCCAGUAAGCGCUAUGGAGGGUUCAUGAAAAGCUGGGACGAAUGUAGUCAGAAACCACUGCUCACGCUGUUCAAAAACGUCAUUAUCAAAGACGGACAGCAGAAGAGAGAGCAGUGAGGGAGGGAGGAAGGGGAAGAAAAGAGGGCAUUGGGGAGAGGAAAUACCAUUUCCAGGGUUGAGGGAGGAAGAGAAUGUCACUGUAGGACUUAG